AUGAGCGGCACGGCGCAAGCAGUCCGUGGAGAGAGCAGCGGAUCGGCGCCGCUGUGCCCGCACACUCCGUCAUUCGAUCGCCUGUCACAUGAAAGCCAAGCUCAUGUGCAAAAUGCUUCACAGCCCACGACGUCGAGUGGUGGGCAGAAUGGAUCAGAUGCUUGCGAUUGUGGAACUAUCACGAUAGAAGACGACGACGAUCUGGUGGUGGUCGAGGCAAUACCGCAGGUCCAGGAUGCUCCGCGAAGCUUCGCCGGCAGCACACGUCGUUUCCGUGUCGCCUCGCUACCUAUACGUACCACCGCAUCAGAUGAGCGCAUGAGCGUCAACCCAGCGCAUGAAGCCGCCGAAACCCUUCGAUCUCCGAGUAUUACUAGCCCUGCGAACGAUACGAAUACCUCAUCACCUAUCGAAACAUCGAACGACAACGACGAUAUCGGAGCACCGGAAGAGCAGCGCCCUCUGGCACGCGUCGAAUACAACAUGGCGAACAUGGACGGCGCUAUACCCGAGAACGAUGGCAUGUCGGACCUGCGGCAGAAAUUGCAGGAGAUUAAGAUGCUCGCUGUAUCGACGGAAGAGAAGGCGCAGAGGAUGCAUUUCCUCAUGAUGCAGGAUUACUUGAAGCAUAAAAGCGACCAGGCUCCUUCACCGCUCCAGAGCCAUGCAUCGGGUGAUUUGGAUAUCAUCGAUGGAUCCGCUUCCCCUAUGCUGGGUGCUGCGGCGUUACCUAUCGACCCGAAGAACCCGUAUAACCUCCGCCAUGGCGAUCUGGAGCCUGUGUUCAGCCCGCUGCCGAAGGCGCCGAGGGAUGUCGAGGGGGAAUUGGAUGAGGCUAUUGAUGAUGAGCUGCCGGAUCUGGGGUGCAUGCAUUAUAAGCGGAAUGUGAAGGUGCAGUGUUUUGACUGCCAGCGCUGGUUUCCGUGUCGGCAUUGCCAUGACAAUGCGAGAGACUUGCCGUUUGCGCAUCAGCUCAAUCGGAAAAAGACGCAGAAUAUGCUGUGUAUGCUCUGCCAGACACCACAGCCUGCGGCGGAGAUUUGUGUGAAUUGUGAGGAGUAUACGGCGUGGUAUUACUGCUCGAAGUGCAAGCUUUGGGAUAACGAUAGUAAUAAGCGGAUCUAUCAUUGCGACGAUUGUGGGAUCUGUCGGGUUGGGGAAGGGUUAGGGAAGGACUAUGUGCAUUGCAAGAGGUGCAAUGUGUGCAUUUCCAUUUCGACUUCGGCGGCGCAUCCUUGCAUCGAAAGAGCUACGGAGGGGAACUGCCCGCUGUGUCUCGUGCCGCUUUUCGAGUCGAGGACGGCGGUGGUGAGUCUGCCUUGCGGGCAUUAUAUGCAUGGAGACUGCUAUAAGGAUCUCAUGGGUGUCACGUACAAGUGUCCGGUGUGUAGCAAGAGCGCGGUGAAUAUGGAGCUGCAAUGGAGGAAGCUGGAUGAUGAGAUUGAGGCGCAGCCUAUGCCGGUGGAAGAUGAAGUUUUGGAUGGUGUGUUGCCGCAUAUUGAAGGGCGGCCAGAUGGGGAUGAGGCAGAUGCUGCGCAAGGACAGGCGGGCGUGACAGAUACCCGCCCACGCAGACCUAGGGAGGUGUGGGUUGGGUGUAAUGAUUGCGGCGCCAGGUCAUGGACUCCUUUCCACUGGCUUGGUCUAAAGUGCCAGAGAUGCGACAGCUACAACACCAACCAAAUGGCCCCGACCGCCGUCCACGAGACCGAAGCCGAGCGCAUCAUGCGGCAGCAACAGCAAGUCCACCGCCACGACUUCACCGGCGACGCCGUCCUCCGCGACGCAGGCAUCGGCAUCGAAACACCAGAAGAAUUCGCCAACAGCGCUCUCGAAGCUCCCAGCUCCCUCCAAGUCCCCGAAUCUCCCUCCCAACAACCCAUCCUCUCCAGCUCCCCCCAAUCACCACGACUCUCCAGCGGCGCCCAAUCCCCAGGCCGCUACUUCGUCCACAACGAAGAGCUCCGCCGCCCCAGCUUCACAGCCUCUCGCUUCUCCACACCCAGCAUGCCAAACCUGCCAACCCUCUCGAAUCUCCCCGACAUGCCUCGCAUGCCGCGAAUGCCGAACCUCCCUGACCUCCCCAAUUGGCCUAAUCUCCGCCAGAAUCUCCCCAAUAUGCCGAACGUCGAACUACCGCGGUUCUCACCCUACGAAAUGAUUGACGCCGUUAGUCGAAGUCUUUCGCCAAUGCGGUAUUAUCUACGAGGUCUGGAUGCGAGGGAUGAGGAGGAUUUGCCGAAUCUUGCGGCGCGUCGGCCGGCGAGUGUGAGGAGUGGUCCGGAGAGGCGGAUGGGGGGGAGUAAGUUGAGGAGCGGGAGUGAGGGGAGUGAGGGGGUUGAGAGUGCGGAUCUUUGGGGUAGUGAUGGUGGGAGUGGGGAUAGUGUUCAUGUGGGGGAGGCGGUGGAGGAUGAGAGUAGUGAGGGUGAGGAGUGGGAGGAUGAGGAUGAUGAGGAUGAGGGUGAAGAGGAGGAUAAGGAGGAGACGGGGAAGGGAGGCAAGAGGGAGGAGUUGGAGUUGUUUGGGCAUAGGUGA